AUGGUGAAGAAGAAGAUCCCCAGCGCCGCCGCCAGCUCGUCGAGCGGAGGUGCCGCCGCCAAACCUUCCUCGAUCCUUUCGAAGGAAGGCGCCCCAAGCGCUCCUCCCCCAGCUCCGGUGCCGCCGGCGCCGCCGAGCUCAGCAGCUAGGCCCGCUGUGGAAGAGAUCAGGGCUCCACCUAUGAAGAGAUCAAUUGGCGGCUUUGCCGAUGAAGAUGAUCUCCUUGAUUUUGACGAUGCUUUCAUUGAGCCUCCAUCCAAGAGGGUCAGAUCUGAAGCUGUCUCGCCAACCGCCACAGCUUCCGAAGCUUCGGCUCCUAAGGCGGCUCCCACGGCGCAAGCAUCGACUGCCUCCUCCCUUUCCAAAGGGAAAGAUGCUCCUGUUGCUGCCACAGCUCCUCCUUCUGAUCUACGAGAAGCCGCCAGCAUCCCUGCUACUGCCUUGGACAAAAUUCCGACCAAUUCCCCAGCAAAUGGUGUGUCGACGGUUCUCGCCGCCCACCAACUUACUCGGGAGCUUCUUGACAAGGGGAAGGGUGCUCUGACGCGGAUGCAUUCGAUGAUAUUCCCCAAGGCCAAGCAGGAGAAGACUCUGGGGCAGCUGAUUGACGCCUUCGUAGUUGACACCAAGGAGGUCAUUGAGGUUUUCCCGGUGCCUUCAUUUGUUGAUGACUCCUCUGGCGUUCUUCCCGAAGGUGAUCGGAUCCAACGAAUGAAGGAUCGGAUCACCCAGAUGGAAAAGGACCUGCGCACCACUUACGCCUUGGACGCGAUUGUCAUCAAGAAGAACGAGAUUGCGGCUGACGUAGAAUGA